AUGUUACUCUUAGUUCUGUUCAUUGUGCAUAGCAUUAUUAGUAGAUUGACAUUAUCUUCAUUACCUAUUCGAUCUGCUCAAGUCAGAAUUUAUCACCAACAUUCGUAUAUUGCAAGUCAUAUAAUCAAUCAAAUUGGCUUUGGAGUGUAUGCAGAAGAUUUGCAUUCAUGCAUAUACAGUUGUCAAAAUAACGAUUUCUGUCGAACAGCUGUUUUUGAUUCUCAAUUAUUAAAAUGUCAUCUCUAUGAAGAAUGUAAUACACAAGGACAAAUGGUUUUUGAUCCUUACCAAACUCUUAUAUCAUUUUUGGUAUGUAAAGGUGAACCGGGCAAUGCAGGUUUUAGUUCACCUUUAAAUGAAUCUAUUCCAAUGCAAAUUGUCAUGUCAAAUGCAGUAUGGAUUCGAAAUUUAACACCAGCAUCAAAUUCUUGGUGGCCAUUUUUUGUCAAUGAUGAAAUUUAUGUUCCUCUUGAUAAUGUUAUUUAUGUUUAUGAAACAAAUACCUAUUCAUUUGUUCGAUCUAUUAUAGUUCCAGUUACAUCACCAAUUUCUUACUUACGUGGCGAUAGUCAAGGUAUACUUAUGUAUACACAACAAUAUGAUCCCAAGUUGUACAUAUACUCUUUUAUAACAAAUCAACUUACUACUAUUGAUAUUUCAUUUACAAGUGAUUUUUUUUGUUAUUCAAGUAGUUUUAUUGUAAUGAUUUCACCUUCGUCGGAUGCAGCUGAUGUGUAUCUUCGCACAUCUAUAAAUAAUUCUGCCACAUUCAUUUAUCAAAUCAAUGGUUGGAGUUCAAUACAUCAAUGUAACAUUAUCAACGAUGAACAAAUCAUUACUACAAUGAAUACCGGUGGUCUUCAAACAACAAUGCUUAGUAAAACAAAUUAUAAUUCGACCGUUACAACAUUAUCAUUGAAUACCACGUAUUUACCAGCAGGUGCAGCGUUAACUAUAGAUGCUGCAGGUCGANUGGCCAAACUUCGCGGAUUAACGGUUGAGGAAAAUGCAUCGAAUUCUGCGAAAAAUAUUCCAAUUGGUCGUACUGGACAACCUGAUGAUGUUGCAAAUGUUGUUUCGUUUCUUGCGAGUAAAGAUUCAGAUUAUAUUACAGGACAGAGUAUUUUAAUUAAUGGAGGUUUAUUUUUUUCGUAA